AUGAAUAAUUUAUUUAUAGAAGAUAAUAACAAUAUCAUCAAAGCUGGCUUGAUAAAAAGAAGCUAAAAGAGCAGCAUUUUAUAUAGAAGUACUCCUAGUAGCAAUAAAGAUAUAAUAAAAUAAACAUUAGAUAUUUUUUAGAGUAUAAAAAGAUAAUAUAAGCGAGAUUAGAGUGAAAAAAGGGAAGAUAAUGAAGAAUAAAACAACUCCUCAAUAGAUAGCAAUUAGUUAAAAGCUAGUGAAGAGUAAUAUUUAACACAUGAUCAUCUUAUUUAUAGCUCAAGUGAUAUUGAUGAAAUAGAUUGUAAAGAUGAUUAUCACUCAAUAUGGGAUAAUGAUGAAUUAAUUCUAAAUGGGAUAUUCGAUUUAGAUAAGCUAAAUAUCUAUCAGCUCUAUAAAGUUAGGGCAUUAACAUACUAACCAUAAAAUUAGCAAACUAUGUCAAACUAAAAAAUACUUUACAGUUUUUAAAGUCUUUACAAACUGAUUGAUGAUAUGAGGAAAAAAAAGAGAUAGCGGUUUACAACUAGUAAUUUAAACUUUCAAUAAAAGUAUGAUUUAAAUGUCGAUGAUUGGAAGUCUUUUUAAAAUGAUUAAUUAUAAAUAGUUAAAGAUUUAAAGUAAGCUGAUUAAUUUAAAACAUUUGAAGAUUAUUAUAGCAAUUAUGUAUAAAAUGAGAAAUUAAAAAGAAGAGAACUGAAAUACAACAGGUAUGAAGAAGCCUUUUUGAAUAGCUAAAAUUCACUCAAUAAAAACAAACAUACUUAAUAGAGAGCAAUCGAAGCUCUAAAAAGGAAAUUUCUUAUGGAGCAUAAUGAUUAAUUAAAUCCUUAGUAAGAUGAUAAAAAUUUACAACUUAACGAAUAUUACUAAUACAACAAUAGCUAAAUAAACAAAGAAUAAUAUCCAACUAUUUGCUAAAGGAGUAACCUUGCAAUCAAUAGUUUAUAAUCAGAUAAAAUUCCAAAACAUUUUUAAAUAAAAAGAGUGCUUUCUACUAAAUAACUAAGUACAGAGUCAUCUUUAAAUUCUCCUAAAAAUAAAGGCAGUAAAGAUAAUCAUCUACUUUUUAGCUCUGGAAAUUUUAGCAACUUUAACUCUUCUUCUUUCAAUACUUCUAAUUUUAGUUUUAUAGGAGCAAGAAGAGUUGAUUCUAUUGAUUUUUCAAACUAGUAAAAACCUUUGAUACUUACAACUCAGCCUUCAAUAAAUAUUGAAAAUAAAAAUGGGCAAAAAUAAAAUUUUAAUAAUAUUUAAAAUAAUAAUAUACAAUCAUUAAAAAAUUUGGAUGUAUAAAGCGAAGAAACCCAGCUUAAAGAAUCUAGCCCCUAAAAAAAGAGACUUAUUAGAUAUUAAUCUUAAGAAGCUCUGUAAGGAUAAGAUUUUAUUUCUACAAACAGAGAAAAUUUUGUUUAUAAACAAACUUAAAGCCCAUUAGUUCCAUAAAAUAGUUUAAGAUUUAAUUUAGAUAAUGCUGUAUAACAAAAGUUAUUCAUUAACACAAGCAAAAUAGAAAAUUCUCCAAUAAAAUGUAGUUUUAUACCUAUCAGUGAGACUGCUAAAAAUUCUCCAACUAAAAUAUCUUAAUUUAAUUAAUUCUAAAUGAAAAACAACAACUAGCAUGAAAAGCAAUUUAUCAACUUUUUACCAAAGCUAAGCUUUUAGUCUUAAGUUACUUAACCAGAAAUCAAAAGAAAUAAAUCUUUUUUGCAUAAUUAAUAGAUCUGUAACCAAACUCAAAGAAUGGAAACUGUCAUAAACGAUAGAAAGACUUUAUCCUCUUCUAAAUCGGUAGCUAAAUAAGUUUUUAACUUUGAUAAAUAUACUAUUUUAAAAGAUAGCCCUUAGAGGAUAUAAGAAAAAAAUUAAAACGCUAUAUUUUUAUAACAACAAUGA